AUGCCAGCCGAUACUGGGUCCCUUGCUACCUCCAUGGCAGCUUCUCCAAGUCCUAAUACGGGACCUGCAGAUGAGUUUGCCGACCUACCGCAGGACUUAUUAGCUGCCUUGCGACGCCUCCCUCCUGCCAUGGCAGAGAAUCAAGCUCGCCUAUGGCAAGGCUUGCAGAACGAUCCUGCGGCUCAGGAUCUGCAGGCUCAGGCAAUCCUUGCGAUUGCGUCGAAUGCAACUCUAAGAGGCCCAAAUCAGCAUGACGGCAACCCUUCCACGUUGGUUUCGUCUAAGGCUGUUGAAUUGCGUACCAAGGACCUCUUAGAGAAAAUUGGUGAUGUGCCUAAGUACAAUGGGCAAAUCCGAAAUGACGCCGCGCGAGAAUUCCUUAGGAAUUGCGAGCGUUAUUUCCGCCGAUACCAGGAGCUACUUGGGCAUGAAUAUCCUGACUUCCAGAAAGUCAUCUUUGCCCAAGGCCGGUUCAAGGACUUUGCGCAGAAACGCUGGGACGGCCAUGAGCAGGCCGUCGAAAAGAACCUUGCGCGUCCUGUACGAACCUGGACUGCAUUUACGGAGUGGAUUCACACUACCUUUGGUGAGCACCUUAGCAGCGAGAGGCGCUACAAGCGUUUUGUCGAGCUACGCCAAGGAAGGUUCUCCUUUAUGUCCUAUUUCCAGAAGGUAAUGGAAGCUGUGGCUGCUCUGGAUUAUGCGGUCCCUGAAGAUUUGAUUAUCCGCCAAUUGGUCCUUGGCCUCAGUCCAACACUUGCACCUAAAUGGGCAGAGGAAAGAGACAAACCUAGUGGCCUUCAGGCCACUGUGGUUCGGCUACGAGAACUUGAGGAUGGUGCUCGUUCUCGCCGUGAGUACGAGGAAAGCGAUCUGAUGGACCUAAGUGCCCUUACGAGUCCACCGAUAGGACGCCGUACGGCACAAUUCAGGAAGGGCCCUCGCCGCUGCUACAACUGUAGCAGUACCGAGCAUAUUGCCCGAGAUUGCCCGAGGCAGGCGAGGAAGCCUAACAGGUCCAAUGCCACUAAAAGGGAGUCGGAAAACUCCCAAGCCCACUAA